UGUAUAUUAUUUUCAAAUAAAAUCAAGAGGUUAAAGAAUUAUAGAUUUCAUUGCGCCAUCCAGAGCUACUGCUGAUCCCACCAAUUACUUGCAUAUCACCUACUGAGAUAUUAUACCGACAUGCUACGUAAGUAUAAUGCAAUAAUAAAUAUUUUAUAUAUACUGCAUCUUGAUUAGUCUGAAUAGUAUAGUCUUAGAUGGAAUCUUCGCGCUUUUAGAGCAGACUAUGCUAUUCUCAAUCAACUCACUAUUAAAAGGACGAAAAUGUAUGUAUACGUCUUACCAUUCUAGGAUAUAAUAAUAUGCUUACUGAGUGAAUUUGAAUUCUGGUUCAGAUUUUUACAGAAACGCAGUUUACAACACAUGUGUGGGAAUAUAGUUACUUAGUUAUUAUGUUUAUAUCGAACACUGGGAACGCAUGCGCCUUUCGUUCGCCGUUCGAGCGCAUUGGCAAAUGAUUCAGUCUGGCAUGACAGUCGUCCGCAGUUACCACUCGGAAACUACGGUGCUACAUCUCUCUGCCAUUGACAGUACAACAGUUUGUGCGGCAAACGGCGCCGGGCGUGCGCAAUAGUGUCCGCGUUGUAUACAUACAUUCGAUUUUCGAACGCGCCGUGACAAUUAAAUUGGUUCGAGGAAUUUGAAUUAAAAACAAAAAAUAGAACGCUGUCUAUGAAAUUUUUGAAUAAGUUCGAAUGGUUUUUUGUUUUGUGAUUGUUUUACAAUAGGGGGCUAGUGUCGUGCAUUAUUUUGUGUGUUUUAUGAUCUAAUUUUAAACAGCACUACUAAAGCCAAGUCAAAAUGGAUUUGGAGUUUCGGAAUUUGAAGUAUACAGUGUCCAGUCCUAUAUCGAAAGGAAAGAAACGCGAAGUGGUCAAAGGUGUAGAUGGAAAAUUCUCCUCAGGCCACCUGGUUGCCAUCAUGGGACCAUCUGGCGCAGGCAAAAGUUCACUUCUGAAUGCUAUAUCUGGGUACAGAUCAGCAGGCGUAACAGGUGAACUGCUAGUCAAUGGUCAGCCAAGAAAUGAACACCAGUUUCAGAAGUCGUCAUGCUACAUUACACAAGAAGAUUUGCACCAGCCUCUGUUGACAGUUCGAGAGACUAUGGACGUUGCCGCCAGACUGAAACUUCCUAAAGGGGCGAAAGUACAUUCAGAUGAAAUUUUGCAAGAGCUAGGUCUUUUGGAACAUCAGCAUACGAAAACAGACAAACUGUCAGGAGGACAAAAGAAAAGGUUAUCUAUAGCUUUAGAAUUGGUAAACAAUCCACCAGUGUUCUUCUUGGAUGAACCGACCAGUGGAUUGGAUACAGUAACUACUGUACAAUGCGUGAGACUGCUGAGACAGCUAGCUCGUCAAGGGAGAACAGUCGUCUGCACCAUACACCAGCCUCCCGCUUCGCUUUUAGAACAUUUCGAUCAAGUAUACGUGAUAGCAGACGGCAGGUGCAUUUUCCAGGGCGAUACAGCUGCUAUGGUUCCGUAUUUACAAAGCGUUGGAUUACCUUGCCCGAGACAUCACAAUCCAGCUGAUUUUAUAAUCGAGCUUACGGAAAAUCCGGAUCACAUAAACCUACUGAGCGAAAAAAUUAUGAAUGGUAAACUUUAUCAAUCGGCAACCAUUGAGAGCGCUACCGAACCUUUAAACAGUAUAGAAUUGAAAAUCUGCUACAAAACAGGAGACGAUGCGCCAGAGACAGAAAUAAUGCUGUCAAAUGAAAAAUGCACGUAUAAAGUACCGAGAUACAAGGAGUCAGAUUCCGUCAGUACAUUGUCGAGUGAAGUUUCACACGGUAACUCCUCCGUUGCAUGGAUGAAGGUACAAAGCGACUCUUGCGCAUACUCAACAACAUACUGCGAACAAUUUUCAAUUCUAUUAAGCAGAAUGAUUUUACAAAUAUCAAGAAACAGGCAAGGUCUCUGGAUUCAAUUGAUUCAUCAUAUCAUGUGCGGCAUCCUGAUCGGUCUCUGUUUCUACAACAUGGCCAAUGACGGCACUCAGAUGUUUAACCAUCUCAAGAUGUGUGUAGGACUAGUACUUUUCUUUGCCUACACUCAGAUUAUGGUUCCUGUACUUAUUUACCCGCAAGAAGUGAAGCUAGUUAAAAAGGAACAUUUCAACCGUUGGUACAGUUUAACACCUUACUAUGCUGCGUUGACAGUCUCCAAGUUACCCGUGCAAGUGAUACUGAAUAAUUUGUUCUGCACUAUAGUAUACUUCAUGGUGGGUGUGCCGUUCUCCGUAACGAGAUUCAUUGCGUUCUGCCUCAUUGGGAACGUCGUGUCGCUAGUCGCCGAAGGAAUGGGAAUGGCUAUCGGAUCGGUGUUCAAUGUUAGGAACGGAUGCGCUGUAGGGCCUACUUCGAUCGCACCAUUCCUAGGGCUGGCUAUCUACGGCUUCGAUUUCGCGCACAGGAUUCCUCUCCUCAUGAAUAUCAUCAUGAAGACCUCCUUCAUCAGAUGCGGGGUCGUCGCAAUGGUCCUCACAGUAUUCGGCUUCAAUCGUACCCCUUUAGAGUGCCAAGACGUUUACUGUCACUUCGCAAAACCGGAUGUCCUUAUCAAGUAUUUAGAUUUAGAAACGACCUCUGUCUGGCUAGAAAUCGCCACAAUGGUUGGCAUUAUGUUCGUCUUCAGAACUUUAUGCUAUAUCGGCUUAAGAUGGCGUUUCGCAACGUGAUUUAUUCAAUGUGAUUAGUUCAAAUAAUGCGUUUCCUUAACUAUUUUUAGAGGUGCUAGUACAAAAUUAAGCUUGUAAAAAUUGUGAUAAAUUGUAAACUCUUUCACAGUGUAGAACAAGCACGUGAAAUCUUGUUGUAUAUUAUUAUAUUAAAAAUAUACCUUUAUAAAUGGGCAAGUACUUCGAAAUCGAUAUUUCACAACUACAUUUUAUAAUGAAGAUUGCUUCGUGAUGCUUGACCAUUUUAUGUGAUUUGGUUUUAUUUCAUAAAACGGAAAAUAAUGUUCAUAUUCUUUAAAGGUGCUCUGAAAUGUCAAUUUAAUAUUUUAAUUUAAAAUAAAAAUUAUAUAGUGCUUUUUAACAGUAGAUACUGAAACACUUUACGAUUCGAUCAAUUUAGGUUGAC